CCCCAGCAUUUGGCUGCCCUUUUUUCUAGAACGCUUUUUUUUUUUGAUUUGCUGACUGGCAUCCUUCAUUCAAACGUUUUUUAAAUCUUCUCUCUGAAAUCACAGCCUUUCAUUUUCUUUUUUUUCCUUGCCUUGUUGUUGCUACUGCAUACGUUUUGCUUUGCCUUACGCCCCAUCGCCACUUUUUCUCCCUGGGGCCCAGUAGUCAGUGAGUGGCACGGGUCGUCCUUUUUGCUACACAAGGCCCGUUCCCCUGGCUGCAUCAGCAUCAACCUUGCUUUAGCACAAGCAUCGUCGCCCAUCUUUGCUUGGCCAGGCAAAAACACAAGACCAUGAAUAACACCACCGGCCGGGCUGGCGUCAUUCGCGCCCGGGACGAUGCCGGAGGAAUGGUCAAGCUGGCACACUCCGUUCUCGACGACGUCUUGCACAACCUCAUCUCCGACCUCCUGAUCAAAGUCCAUCGCGAAGAGAAGGAAGCCCGCGCUGCCACCGCCGCCAUCCGAGUAGAGAAGCUGGCCUCGGACGCCUCCGAAAGCUCAACCCCCGAUUCCAAACCCGACGUACGCAUAGAAACAGACGCCGCCAUCUACGAGGAUGGCAAAGUCCUGCUCAAGGGAAACCCGCUCCGCACCACCACCGACAUCCUCUGCCCCAAGUGCCAUCUGCCGCGGCUGCUCCAUCCCACCGAGGGCAAGGGCGCCAGAAAACCCGAUCCGAACGUUGUAUACUGCAAAAAACACCCGUACAUCCAAAAGGUUGGCUGCGACAUCUACGGCCAAAGCUGGGUCCCACCCGGUCCUGGCCGAGGCAAGAAGAAGAAGGACGUGGAGAAGAAGGACCUGGACGACAAGCCGACAAAUGUGCUGUCGUUUCCAUCCGCUACUUGCAGUAAAUGCAAGAGAUGUAUUCUCGUCACCCGUCUCAAUAACCACAUGGGCUCGUGUAUCGGCAACAGCGGCCGCAACGCAAGCCGAGCCGCGGCUCAAAAGAUCAAUGGCAACUCGUCAGCACACGACAGCACGCCGCCAUCAUCACAAAAGGCUACACCGGGACCCGGAUCCCGUGCAGGAAGCCCUAGGAAACGUGAUGUGAGCGACGACGACGAUGACGACUCGGACAGUCCUAAGAAGAAGCGGGUAAAGGCGAUUCAUAAGAAGGUUGUGCUCAAGUCAAAAAACAACCUCAAGGCAGAGCGGCAGCGCGUGUCAUCGCAGCUGAGCUUUGAGCACCGCAUGUCAGACGACGACUCGCUCUCGGAGAGGACACCAACUAAGCCCAUCCACAAGUCUGGCAGCCCGAUUAAGAAGAUCAAGGCUGGCAAGGUUAUGAGCUCGCCGUUGUCUAGACGAGAUCGCGACAUCGACAUGGAGUCUGAAAUCUCAGAGCCCGUCUCGUCCCCUUGAGUAAAGAGCCCCUUUGGAAAAACUUCUUCCCCUGUCAGUGGCUAUCACGGCCACUGCCACGUUGUGCAUAUAUUGACGGCCUUGCAUUCAUGGCGUUUGGAUACUCGCUUUCACCCUCUUCUUGUCCUCCCCCUUCAUCACCAAAACUACACAGAAUUCUUGUUUCUUUAUCCUUAUGGCUGGCUUCUGUUACAUAUGACAGAAGCCCACAACAACGACUCUUGACAGUCGUUCCCUCAUUGCUGUAGCAGUACCAGCAAAAUUCAGCAUACCUGCUCUACUGCACUCGCUAUUUUGACUCAUUGGACGCAAAAGACGGAAAAAGAAAAGCAAUUGUGUUUCCGGUCCGCUCUAGAGGUGUUUUUUUGUUUCUGUUUUCCUGCUUCCCACGUUUUAUACUCGUGUAUUCUAGGCCCCCAUGCGGCCGCUCGGUGGUAGUCUUGACGUGAUUUGCAUUUUAAGGGAUGGCGUUUUCGUUUUCUUUUAUAUGGGUUGUCUUUUUUC